AUGGAUUCGGCAGCUAAAAUCCCCCUCUCCCACACGUUGUGGUCCCCUCAUGACACCGUUAAGGAUGCAGCAGAGUUGCUUGGCAUUACCCUUCCCGAAGAUGCGGCCAAAAACUUGGCCAUGGACGUAGAGUACAGAAUCCACGAGAUCUUGGAGACUGCCAUCAAGUUCAUGCGCCACUCCAAGAGACGUCUCUUGACCACAAGCGAUUUCAACAAUGCGUUGAAGGUGCUUAAUAUCGAGCCGUUGUUUGGCUACGACCAGAGCCAGCCACUAGUCUUCAAAGAAGCUCUUUUCGGAGCUGGAGGACAAACCCUUUACUACAUCGACGACAACGAGAUUGAAUUCGAGAAACUUAUCAAUCAGGAGCUUCCAAAAGUGCCUCGCCAGACUACCUUCACGGCGCACUGGUUAGCCAUUGAGGGUGUGCAGCCUAUGAUUCCCCAGAACCCAUUAGCACUGGAAAUUAAGAACUUACCACCUAUAGUCAGAGGUGCUACCUCUUCGGUGUUGAGCAACGACGUCUUGGGCAACAGUUCUGGAGCAAUAGUGUCCGAGGAGUCUAAGAACGUUGCUUCGCUGAAGAAAAAGAACGGAGAUAAAGAUGUGGAGGUAAAACCUUUGGUCAAGCAUGUUCUUUCCAAGGAAUUGAAGCUCUACUUCGACAAAGUGGUGGAAGUGCUAGUACUGACGGCACCAGAAAAGGAGUCGCUCCGCGAGGCUGCGUUGAGCUCGUUGCGUACCGAUCCAGGCUUGCACCAACUUGUGCCAUACUUUAUUCAGUUUGUAGCAGAGCAGAUCACUAAUCACCUCCGCAACAUCGAUAUUUUGAUCACCAUGCUCGAUGUCAUAUCUGCGCUUUAUGACAACAAAACCAUUUUUUUGGCUCCUUACGUGCAUGCUUUGAUGCCAUGCAUCCUUACACUUUUACUAGCUAAGAGAAUUGGUACACCCAUCAAAGACGCCGCCGACGACGAAGCAAUAUUGGAACUCUUGAAGGGCCAGUUUGCUGUCAGAGAGUUUGCCUCCUUACUUCUUGAGCAUGUGAUCAAUGCAUACGGGUCGUCAUAUUCCACACUUAAACCCAGAGUCACCAGAACUUUGCUAAGGGCUUUAUUAGACUCUUCCAAGCCUAUUGGCACACAAUAUGGUGCACUUCUUGGGUUGGAAAAGUUGGGCCCUGAGGUCAUCAAGCUUGUUUUAGUGGGCAACUUGAAGUUGUGGUACAAGCUGGUGAUCGAGAACAGCGACAAGUCGCAGGUUGAGAAGAAGCUACUUGAAGACAAGGUGUUGGAGGUGCUUGAUAAAAGCAAGGUAGAUGUGACUGCGUCGGAUUCAAGUAUGGAUGUGGACACUGAGAUUUCCGAGGAAACCAAAACAAAGUUAAAAGAGAGAGUCGGCGGGCCUUUGGCUUUGCUCGUCUUGGAGCAUCCUAAUGCCCUUGGUAUCUGCCAGGGGAUGUUUUUCGGCGAACUGACUGUCUGA